AUGUUGAGGACCGGUCUUUUCCUGAUUUUCCUAUUGCUCAGCUCUGUCUUUUGCCUGGAGGAUUCGACCGAGGAAUUUGAAGAGCAUUUGUCGAUCAAAUCGCUGAAAGACGGACGUGUAGCGUUCAGUUUCACAUUUAAAACUUUACUACGGGAUGCUAUACCGAGAGAUCCUCGGACGCUCGCAUUUGACAAUGAUGAUUCACAACAUUACACACUCUUUCCUCUGACUUUGGGGCAAAUACUUCGCCAAUACGCAAUUACCGAGCUACAUCUCACCCUCAAUGCCGGAAAGUGGAACUAUGACGCUUGGGGGUAUCCUGAUGAACCAGAUGUAGGAGUCGGCGCUGAAUUGCGGGCGUGGAUGGCCGGUGAUUCUAUCUCCAGUAUCGAUGACCGCUGGCAGGGUGUUCGCAAUGCACUGGCCGGUCUCUUCUGUGCCUCUUUGGGCUCCCUUGAUGAACAAAGGACUACUUCUCCGCGUUCGACGUUUCCACCAGAAGGAGCUCUUCCGGAUUGGGGUCUGCCACACGAGUUGAGGCAUGCUUCGCACGCGUCUGAACACGUCUGUACAGAAAACCUCACGCCAUUCCUCAAGCUUCUACCCUGUAAAUCGCGCUCAGGACUCGCGAUGCUGCUUAACCCACAUCGGAUAUUCGACGCAGAUUGGCACGGUAUAGGUCUUCAUGUCAUUUGGCGUCCGGAGGGCGUCGAAGUUCGGCUCAGUGUUCAGCUGGUUUCUGACCCUCUGCGAGUAUCAGGACAAAAGAAACAAGACUGGUCUUUCAGUUCUCUAUUUGACCGCAAGGUUGAGAAGGCGUGUCCUGUCGCCAAGUCUAGUCGUGUCUCCGUGGAACUCCCAAGCUCCGGCGUCUAUAGAGUCUAUCCUGAACCUCCGCAAGUCAAAGACGGAAUAGCAUACUAUGAUUUGAAAAACGCCAAUGAAGUGUGUGACAUAGGGACAAUGUGGCCUACCGAUUUCGAAUACCCGUUAUCUAAACCAAACCCGGCUCUCGUUCCGUUCUCGGUCAGACGCAAUCUGCUCGGGUCGACUCAAGAUAGAGGGCAACUUUCAAUCGUACUGACCAACAAUGAACAAGAUGUGUUGCAGCUGCUUUACCUGGAAACCAUGCCAUGGAUCAUACAAUUCUAUUUGCACACCAUUCGUGUUCAUGCUGACGACGCUUUAAGAGACGAUCUCAUUUCAAAUAUAUCAUACAUUCUGCCAAUUCCCCAUGCUCGCCCCGCCACUUUCGAAUCCGUUCUGACAUUACCGGGACGGAGCACUGUAACGUUCACCAUGGACGUUGCCAAAGCCUUUCUGCGGUAUACAGAACAUCCACCUGAUGCUCAACGUGGUUGGGACCUUCCCCCUGCGAUCUUCACUCCUCUGCGACAAUCUUCUCACAAUUCUACCAACCUCGGUAAAAGGGUGUAUUCCCCCUCCUUGCUCGUCGACUUGGCCACUCCCGAUUUUAGCAUGCCAUACAAUGUGAUCAUCUUCACUUGUUCUGUGGUGGCGUUCAUCUUUGGGAGCGUGUUCAAUGUGCUGACGAGGAAAUUUAUCGUCGUUCGUCUGGAGCCUCAGAAACGAUCUGAGAGUUCGCCGAGCAAAAACCUAGAUUCUGAUGAAUCGGGAAAACCCGACACGAGCAAAUCGAAUGUUCACUGA